AUGGCGAGGAGCAGUUUCUCGAUCUUAACAAUCCUAUCAAUUACACUCCUCCUUCCCGUACUCUCCCUCUCUUUCUCCCCUGACUCCCCUACAGAUCGUCGCCUCUUAGUCCUGCUCGACGACUUGUCACUCAAAUCUUCCCACUCAAUCUUCUUCAAUUCUCUCAAAUCUCGCGGUUUUGAUCUCGAUUUCAAGCUUGCUGAUGAUCCAAAACUCGCCCUUCAACGUUAUGGCCAGUACUUGUAUGAUGCCUUAAUUCUCUUCUCUCCUUCAAUCGAAAGAUUUGGUGGUGCAUUGGAUGUAGCUGCUGUGCUUGACUUUGUUGACUCGGGUCAUGAUUUGAUCAUUGCGGCCGAUACUUCUGCUUCUGAUUUGAUUAAGAGUGUAGCUACUGAAUGUGGAGUUGAUUUCGAUGAGGAUCCAUCUGCUAUGGUUAUUGAUCAUAAAAGUUAUGCUGUCGUUGAGACUGAGGGUGAUCAUACAUUGAUUGCUGCGGAUGAUUUUAUUGAAUCUGAUGUGAUGUUUGGAGAACGUAAGAUUGAGGCUCCUGUGCUCUUUAAAGGGAUUGCACAUUCUUUAAAUUCAGCGAAUUCCCUGGUAUUGAAAGUCCUUUCUGCAUCUCCUUCGGCUUAUUCUGCUAAUCCAAGUUCCAAAUUGUCAAGUCCUCCAUCACUAACUGGAUCUUCCAUCUCAUUAGUUUCGGUGGUUCAGGCUAGAAACAAUGCUCGGAUUAUGAUUACAGGCUCAUUGGAUAUGUUUAGUAACCGAUUUUUAAGAUCAAGCGUACAGAAAGCUGGGAGCCCAAAAAGUAAAUAUGAUAAAUCUGGGAAUGAGCAGUUUGUGACUGAACUUAGCAAAUGGGUCUUCCACGAAAGAGGCCAUCUGAAGGCUCUGAAUCUUAGACACAAUAAAGCUGGGGAAACAGACGAGCCUGCGAUGUAUAGGAUCAAGGAUGAUCUGGAAUUUUCUGUUGAGAUAUAUGAAUGGUCUGGAAAGAGCUGGGAACCAUAUGUUUCCAAUGAUGUUCAGGUCCAAUUCUACAUGAUGAGCCCUUAUGUGUUGAAAACCCUAUCAAAUGACAAGCAGGGCUUGUAUCAUACAUCAUUCAAGGUGCCUGAUGUUUAUGGGGUUUUCCAGUUUAAGGUUGAGUAUAAGAGGCUUGGAUAUACUAGCUUGUCGCUCUCCAAACAGAUUCCAGUUCGGCCGUUCAAACACAAUGAAUAUGAGAGAUUUAUAACAGCUGCUUUUCCCUAUUAUGGAGCUUCUUUUUCAAUGAUGGCUGGGUUCUUUAUCUUCAGCUUUGUCUACCUGUACCACAAGUGA